AUGAAAUUUGUUUUUAAUGAAGCAGCAAUGAACAGCCGAGAAUUCCUUUCAAACGAUGAAAAACGUCAAUACAAAAAUACCACAGCCGAAUUGAACCGAAGUGGUCCAAAAGAAAAUCCUUGGCAUUAUCUGGAAUCAUAA